UGAGUCCAAUAGAAGCAUGAGAAAUAUUUCAGGCCUUCACUUAAGAGUUUUUGGGAAAUUAAAUACAAAGGAAAUUCUACUUUCAUCCCUGUACUUGAGCUGAUAAAAAUUGUUAAAUUCUUCCUUGCUCCGCCCUGAGUAUUAUGGUCUCUCUAGAAGCAAAUAUUCCAGCAAAACACUCAAAAUAACCUUACUUGUUACGAAGUGACGAUACAAAUCAAUCAUAACCCAUAACAUUUUCUUAUCAUUUAACCACAGACAUUUAACAUUUAUUGUAAUAAGUGUAUGGAUGGAAAUAUCUGAAUAAACUGAUUUUCAACCUGUUAUAUUAAAAUAAACAGCUAGAGUUGAAAUCUAAUAUGAUAAUUUGUCGUAAGUUUGCACUACACAGCUUAAAAACAUUGAAAAGACACUGUAGCAAUCAAGUUUUAACAACUGAAUACUAUAUCAACAAAUUCAAAAUGAAGGUACCGAAAUCUCGAGAAAAUCCCGUUAUUCUCAAAUUGGAAAGCCCAGAGUUUCAUUCAAUAUUGUCUGAAGAUGUGAAAACUCUGGUAGGACUAUUUCAAAAGUACAAUCAUGAAAUUCGUAUAGCUGGAGGGGCAGUAAGAGACUUGCUAAUGGGUAUACAACCCAAGGAUCUAGAUUUUGCCACCACAGCUACCCCCACAGAAAUGAAGAAAAUGUUUGAAACUGAGAAUGUAAGAAUGAUCAAUGCAAAUGGGGAGAAACAUGGCACCGUAACACCCCGAAUAAAUGACAAUGAAAACUUCGAGGUGACUACCUUAAGAAUAGAUGUUGUGACUGAUGGUAGACAUGCCGAAGUCCUAUUUACCACGGAUUGGUUACUAGAUGCAUUACGAAGAGAUCUGACUAUAAAUUCAAUGUUUUUGGGCUUGGAUGGCUCUGUAUACGAUUAUUUUUUCGGGUAUGAUGACCUGAAGAAACGCCGCGUUGCUUUCGUUGGCAGUGCUGAGAAAAGAAUCCAGGAAGACUAUUUGAGGAUACUAAGAUACUUCAGAUUUUAUGGUAGAAUAUCCGACAAACCGAAUAACCAUGAACCAGAAACAUUGCAGACGAUUAAAAACAAUGCUGAAGGAUUGAGCAACAUAUCUGGAGAAAGAAUUUGGACUGAAGUAAAGAAAAUCGCCGAAGGAAACUCUGCUGGUGAACUACUGGAAGUUAUAACACAAUGUGAAUUGGGACCCUACAUUGGUUUACCCAGCAAUUGCAGUACAGAAGAACUCAAAAGAGUAUGGGCACAAAGCGGUCAUUUGAGCUUGAAUGCAAUAACAUUGUUAUCAACUCUUUUAUCUACCUUGGAUGAUGCGAUUAAUCUAAAUGCCCGCCUGAAAUUAUCCGCAUUUGAAAGAGAUCUAGCAAUAUUUGUCAUCGAACACAGGGGACCCAAACUUCACCCUAAACCCUUAUUGCCCUAUCAACAGUUGGUUGUUAAAACAAAAUCAAAACCGUUGGUGGUUAGGCAAUAUGUUAUAGAAGUGCUGAAAUACAAUAACUCUCCAUAUUUAGAAGAUUUUCAGAAGUGGGAGAUUCCAACUUUUCCUAUAGGCGGUGCUCUGUUAAAACAAAAUGGUGUAGAAAGUGGACGAAUGAUGGGACAAGUAUUGCACGAAUUGAAGAAUAUUUGGGCUGAUAGCGAGUUCAUGUUAAGCACAGAAGAAAUUUUGAAACAUAUUCCAAAUGUUACCGAAAAACUAGCACAAAGAAAAAGAAAGGAUAUAUCGUAGCUUUUGUAGUUUGUUUUCCCAAACUAAAUUGAAUAUUAACUGAACAAUUCCAACGUUUCCCUGUGUGUACGUAUAUAGUUUAUUAUCCAUAAUACAAGAUUACAAUACUUCAAUCCUAAUAAAAAUACUAAAAUUGUUGGUUAACGCAAAAUUUGCGGCAGAAAUAAUAGACAACUGAUGAAAUGUGCCAUAUUUCUUAAGACAAUGGAUUUUUCUUAAUCACAUUUGAAAAAUAACAACACAUUUACAAUAUAUACAUGUAUACAACAAUAACAGCUUGAGUAAAAUUCCCA